UCCAUAAAUACGAAUGUGGGACAAAUACGUUUAUUCAACAUUCGUUUCCCGAAUCUUGAAAAGGAAAGUGCUAAGAAAAUAUUUUGAAAAAUAUAAACAGAUAGUAGUAGAGUCAGUGUUAUUUUGUUUGAGAGUGCUGGAGAAAAAUGACUGAUGCCAUAUCCGAAUCUAAAAAGAAAUGUAGACAGCACAGUGUUGCCGGGCAAACAAUUGCCUAUGUGCCUUUUAUGCAACAAAGUUUCGAGCAAUGACGCUAUGAAACCAUCUAAACUGCAAGAUCAUCUGAGAAGAUGCCACCCUGAUAAAACAGAGAAAGAUUUGAAAUACUUUCAAACACUCAAAGAUGAACUUCAGAAGAGACCUACACUGGACAGAAUGUUCCCUUCGACGUCACAAAGAAAUGAUGAUGGUUUGCGGGCGUCUUACAAUAUCUCGUUACUUAUAGCCAAAUCCGGAAAACCGCAUACAAUCGGAGAGAAGUUAAUUUUGCCAGCCGUUGAAAAGGUUUUAAAAACUGUUUUACACAAACCUGCAUCUGAUAUCAUUAAAAAAAUUCCCUUAAGCAACAAUACUGUUGAAAGACCUAUUGAUGAAAUGAGUUCUGAUAUUGAAAGCUUCUUAUGUAAUCAUUUGCAAACGACCCACUUCUCUCUACAACUGGACGAGUCAACUUUACCUGAUAAUGCAGCAUUAUUAUUGGCAUAUGUUCGUUUUAUUAUGAAUCAAGGAAUCUACAAAGAACUACUCUUCGCAAGAAAUUUGAAAACCGACACUAAAGGUGAAUCGAUAUUUCAUGUUUUGAAUGAUUACUUCAUUGAAAAAGCAAUUCCUUUAUCAAAUAUAAUAUCAGUAGCUACAGAUGGAGCACCUGCCAUGGCUGGACGUUAUCGUGGAUUUAUAAGCUAUUUAAAACAAAAUGUGCCGGGGUGUUAG